AUGGUUGCCUUCACCUCCAUCGUACUUGCCCUUUCCGCCGCUGUCGGCAGCUUUGCAGCCCCGACUGCUGUCGCUGAUGCUCCUGAUUUCGAGCUGACCGCCCAGACUACAACCCAGAACUACAAGACCAGCGGCAACGUCAACUUCCAGCCCACCAACAACGGCUACUCUGUCCAGUUCUCCAACGCUGGUGACUUCGUUGUCGGAAAGGGAUGGAAGACCGGAAGGGACCGCAAGAUCAACUUCAGCGGUUCUACUUCCGCCACUGCCGGCACGGUCCUCGUCUCCAUCUACGGAUGGACCACCUACCCUCUCGUUGAGUACUACAUUCAGGAGUACACCAGCAACGGCGCUGGCUCUGCUCAGGGUCAGAAGAUGGGCACGGUCACCUGCGACGGCUCCGUCUACGACAUCUGGAAGCACACCCAGACCAACCAGCCUUCCAUCCAGGGUACCUCCACCUUCCCCCAGUACAUCAGCAACCGUCGGACAAAGCGCCCCGGCAGCGGCACCGUCACCACCAAGUGCCACUUCGACGCCUGGGCCAAGCUCGGCAUGAAGCUCGGUACCCACAACUACCAGACCCUUUCCACUGAGGGCUGGGGCAACGCCCGGCGGUAA